GUACCCAUCCUCCUUUUCGAGAAAGCGUUAGAUCGUUUUGUUCAAAUUGUUGAUUAUUUGAAUAUAUUGAAGUUUGACGGUAAACUUUCAAAUUGGUAGGCAUAAGUCGCAAAACGUGCUAGGAAAUUGUAAACAGUAAAGUUGAUUUGAUACACAAUGGCACGUACCAAGCAAACAGCUAGAAAGUCAACCGGAGGAAAGGCUCCUCGUAAGCAGCUGGCAACAAAGGCAGCUCGUAAAAGUGCUCCUUCUACAGGUGGAGUGAAAAAACCUCAUCGUUACAGACCUGGAACAGUAGCCCUAAGAGAAAUCAGACGUUACCAGAAGUCUACUGAGUUGCUGAUAAGGAAAUUACCAUUUCAGCGUUUAGUGAGAGAAAUAGCACAGGAUUUCAAAACUGAUCUCAGAUUCCAAAGUGCAGCUAUUGGAGCACUACAGGAAGCUAGUGAAGCCUAUCUGGUAGGCCUCUUUGAGGACACAAACUUGUGUGCCAUCCAUGCAAAACGAGUAACCAUCAUGCCCAAAGAUAUUCAGUUGGCAAGACGAAUUCGUGGAGAACGUGCAUAAAUACUCAGUUGUUUCCAAUAUUGUACAAGCACAUAUGACUUUCAUCAUCGUAGUUUAAUCACAAUUCCAUGACCUGUCUUUUUUACACAAAAAGAAAGUGAUAUCGAAAAAACCAAAUCAUUUUGUAAUAUGCAGAUUUGUAAAUUAUUUUACUGCUCAAACAGUUAAGGUGUCAGUCUGGGGAUCAUUUUGUUGAGUUUUUUGUGACAUUUACUCCACUGAAUAAUGUGGUCUCACGACUGAGGUUAUGUGUAUUUUAGUCUUCCCUGUAUAGAAGUUGUAUUAUGUCCAGUAAGAGAAAAAUUAAGCUUGGAAGCUUCUUUGUCAUUCAUUUUUGUUUAUAAUUUGUGGCAUGUGUUCAAUAUGCCAGUCUUGCACAAGUUGAAACCUUGUAGAGUUCAAAAUAUUGAAAUUAGGUGAAGCAGACUAGUUCACUGCCAGAAACAAAUGUGCAACCCUCCAUAUACAUCUCUUAUUAAAUGAAAGGUAAGAAAAUAUAAGGCAGUCAGUUUUAUGUAAAAUGUUUUUAUUAACCCAAUAAAUGUUGAUAAACCUUC